GCGGCGGAAGUGGCGCCGCCGGGAGAUCCUGUUCCGCUCGGAGGCGCUCCGGGGCAGCAGAGCCCGACUGCGGCUGGGGCAGGAAGAGCCUGGGCGAUGGCUGACAUGGAGCAGCCUUGCAGCUGAGGCCCCGCCUUCCCCGCCGUGUGGUGGGGGCCCACCAGGAUGAACAAACUGUCUGCGGAGCUGGCCCGCGACUUGGAGCGCAGCCUGCCAGCCGUGGCCUCCCUCAGCUCAUCACUGUCCCACAGCCAGGGCCUCUCCUCGCACUUCCUCCCGCCCCCUCCGGAGAAGCGCCGUGCCAUCUCUGAUGUCCGCCGCACCUUCUGUCUCUUUGUCACCUUCGACCUGCUCUUCAUCUCCCUGCUGUGGAUCAUUGAGCUGAACACCAACACAGGCAUCCAGAAGAACCUGGAGCAGGAGAUCAUCCACUACAACUUUAAAACUUCCUUCUUUGACAUCUUUGUCUUGGCCUUCUUCCGCUUCUCGGGACUGCUUCUGGGCUACGCCGUGCUGCGGCUCCGCCACUGGUGGAUGAUCGCGGUCACCACGCUGGUGUCCAGUGCGUUCCUCAUCGUCAAGGUCAUCCUCUCUGAGCUGCUCAGCAAAGGGGCGUUUGGCUACCUGCUCCCUAUCGUCUCCUUUGUCCUUGCCUGGUUGGAGACCUGGUUCCUUGACUUCAAAGUCCUACCGCAGGAGGCCGAGGAAGAGCGAUGGUAUCUUGCUGCCCAGGCUGCUGUCGCCCGUGGACCCCUACUCUUCUCUGGCGCUCUGUCCGAGGGCCAAUUCUAUUCACCCCCAGAAUCCUUUGCAGGGUCUGACAAUGAAUCCGAUGAAGACGUUGGGAAGAAAAGCUUCUCUGCCCAGGAACGGGAGUACAUCCACCAGGGGAAGGAGGCCAUGGCGGUGGUGGACCAGAUCUUGGCCCAGGAGGAGAACUGGAAGUUUGAGAAGAACAGUGAAUAUGGGGACACCGUGUACACCAUCGAGGUUCCCUUUCACGGCAAGACAUUCAUCCUGAAGACCUUCCUGCCCUGCCCCGCCGAGCUGGUGUACCAGGAGGUGAUCCUGCAGCCGGAGAGGAUGGUGCUGUGGAACAAGACCGUGACUGCCUGCCAGAUCCUGCAGCGAGUAGAGGACAACACCCUCAUCUCCUACGAUGUCUCUUCGGGGGCCGCGGGCGGGGUGGUCUCCCCCAGGGACUUCGUGAACGUGCGGCGCAUCGAGCGGCGCAGAGACCGAUACCUGUCCUCGGGCAUCGCCACCACGCACUGCGCCAAGCCCCCCACACACAAAUACGUCAGGGGAGAGAAUGGUCCUGGGGGCUUCAUCGUGCUCAAGUCAGCCCGUAACCCCCGAGUCUGCACCUUCAUCUGGAUCCUGAAUACAGAUCUCAAGGGCCACCUGCCCCGGUACCUCAUCCAUCAGAGCCUCGCGGCCACCAUGUUCGAGUUUGCCUUUCACCUGCGGCAGCGCAUCGGAGAGCUGGGGGCCCGGGCGUGACCGUGCCCCGUCGCCACCCUGCAGGCCAGGGUCCUGUCACCGCAGCCUUCAGAGCCAGAGAGGGGGCCAGUGGGGCUUCCCGCCACCCACAGAGGACCUGGCCUCAAGCAGUGGGGAGGAAGAAGUUUCCUCCUGUGGCAGCCCCUUGGCCUCAAGCUGCCACCGUCCAGCAUGCUUCGCUGUGCCCAGGGGCCGUGAGCAGGUGGGGAGGUUGGGCACCUGGACUCCGGGGCUCUGCCGCCCAGGCGAGUGGGCUCUACGCUGCCGAUGUUUACACAGUGCCUGGCCCUGCCUCCUGGAGGACGAGAUGCACGGCGCCCUGCCUAGCCGGGGGCAGGGUCUGGAAUGGGAGCGGCAGCCUCGGGGCGAGAGCGCCAGGGCCCUGAGCGGGCCGGGGGUCAGGGCGGCCUGGUCACUGGUCACCAGUGUUAAGGUGCAGGAGCCCCUUCGUCUGCCUGCUAUCUCAUCAUGGUUUUUUAGGAUUA